AUGUGGGAUUCUUCAGCGUUCCUAGGAGCGCUAACACCUAAGUUUUACGUGGCCCUGACGGGUACCUCAUCGCUCAUAUCGGGUCUCAUUUUAAUAUUCGAGUGGUGGUAUUUCCGUAAGUACGGAACGUCUUUCAUCGAGCAGGUGUCUUUGACACACUUGGGACCUUGGCUCGGUGGAGGUGGUGGAAGUGGGGAAACAGAGACAUCGGGAGGUGGGGCGGAAUGUAAGGUGUGUCGCAACCCAAUGUCGUUGCUGCGCGGAGCGGAGUACGGGCGCCUCUGGAGCGCCGCGCGGCGAGCUCCUCUAACAUAUUAUGAUAUGAACAUCUCAGCUCAAGAGCAUCAAGCCUGGUUCGGAUGCGGUGCUGAGGGUCCUGCGGAAGAGGCGAUGUGCCGCGCGUGGCGCGAGCGCGAGCCCGGCGCCAGGGUCGCCGCCGCGCGCGCCGCGCUCGCGCUCCGACCCGACUGCGCCGCCGCGCUGCUGCUGCUCGCCGAGGAGGACGCGCCCACCGUGCAGGAGGCGGAGCGCGUGCUGCGGCGAGCGUGGCGCGCGGCCGAGUCGGCCUGGCGUCAGAGCUCCGCGGCCGGCGCGUGCGCGGCGGCCGAGGCGCGGCGCGACGCCGCCGUGCUGGCGCACAUCAAGCGUCGCUCCGCCAUGUGCGCGCGCCGCUUGGGCCGCCUGCGCGACGCGGCGCGUCUCUUCCGCGAGCUGGCGAGAGACGCGCCGCCCGCGCUGCACGCGCUGUCGCUGCACGAGAACCUACUCGAGGUGCUGUUGGAGCAGCGCGCCUUCGCCGACGCGCAGGCGCUGCUGGCUCGCUACGACGACGCGGCGCUGCCGCGAUCCGCCGCCGUGUGCUACACCGCCGCGCUGCUGCGCGCUCGCGCCGCCGCCGGGGCGCCCGCGCGCUCGGGCGCCGAGCUCGCCGCGAUCGAGGCGAUGCGGCGCGCCGUCGAGUUUAACCCGCACGUGCCCGAGUACCUGCUGGAGCUGCGGCCGCUCACGCUGCCGCCGGAACACGUGCUGCGGCGCGGCGACAGCGAGGCGGUGGCGUACGCGUUCUUCCACCUGCGGCACUGGCGCGCGUGCGAGCCGGCGCUGCGGCUGCUGGGCGCGGCGUGGGCGGCGGCGGAGCGCGGCGCGGGCGCGGGCGGGUGCGGCGCGUGCGCGGACCGCGAGCUGCUGCCGGCGCACCACGCGCUGUCGCAGUUCCCGCGGCGGCGCGCGCCGGCGCUGCUGCCGCUGGCGGCGGCGCUGUGCGCGCUGACGGCGCUGCUGGCCCUGCUGGCGCACCGCUGGCCGGCGCACGCGCACGCCGUGGCGCGCGCCGCCGCGCAGCAGCUCGACCCGCGCCGCCUGCACACGCUGCUGGCCGCCGUGUAG